UGAGGCCGUACGACGGGCGCCAACACGCACGCGCCCCUAAUCCAUUUUCCUCAUCCGGGCUUGGUCCCAGGGUCGCGCCAAUUGGCUGCCCGCCGUCACGUGGUUUGUUAACUUUGUUCACUUGACAGAAGUAGGAGGGUUCAAGCGACCAGGAAAAAGCGACGGGUAAAGGGAUGAGAUAUAAAUGUUAGUUAUAUAUAUUUUCCGUCUCGGUGCAAUUUGACAAUAAGGGUGACGUGAAUGGCCAUGAGCUCCUAUUUGAUCAACUCCAACUAUGUGGACCCCAAGUUCCCCCCUUGCGAGGAGUACUCUCAUAGCGACUACCUACCCAGCAACUCUCCGGAUUACUACAGCGCACAGCGACCGCAGCCCGCUGCCUUCGAGUCGGACUCUCUCUACCAUCACCCGCCACAUCCAAACCAGCAGCAGCGGGUGGAGCCGCCGUACACGCCGUGUCCAGGCAGCCGACAGCCCGUCUCAGCGCCCCGGGGUCACGUCGGUCUGCAGUGCGUUCAGGUGCCGGAGCCGAGCCAGCCGUGCGACUCGCUAACGCCGAGCCCGCCGUCUCCACCCUCCUGCGGGCAGCAGCCGCGCUCUCAGAGCACGUCACCCCUACUAAACUCUCGCAAAGACCCGGUGGUCUACCCGUGGAUGAAGAAAGUCCAUGUAAACAUUGUGAGCUCCAGCUACACGGGAGGAGAACCCAAGCGGUCCCGGACGGCUUACACUCGCCAGCAGGUUUUGGAGCUGGAGAAGGAGUUUCACUACAACCGGUACCUGACGCGCAGGCGCAGGGUGGAAAUCGCACACACUCUUAGUCUUUCAGAGAGGCAGAUUAAAAUCUGGUUCCAAAACCGGAGGAUGAAAUGGAAGAAAGACCACAAGCUGCCGAACACCAAGGUCCGCUCUGGGACGAACCACGCAAAUUCCCCGGCUUUGACCGGCUCCUAGAGCCGGACCCUGGUCGGACCUCUCUGUGUGUUUGCCCCUUCCUUUACCCAUCAUAUACCCCCACGCUGGACCACACACUUGGAAGGGAUCGGAGGAGGACGUGAGGUUCUUGUGUCAUGUGGCAGAUCCGUAGAACCAUGUCACCACACCAUUGAGAACGGAGUUGGAGCUACUGAACAAAAAGCCCAGCGGCUUUUCUUUUGGCUUUCAUACAUUUUCGGCUCCUGAUCAUGGAAGACAUUAGAGCAGCGCGCGUGUGUUUGCGUUGUUUCCGAGGAAGAUGGAUCCUCGUCCUCAUCUUUAAUCAUGCCAAACUCGGAGCACAUUUGUCAUGUUUACCUGCGGGUGCAAAGUCGAACCUCUGCCCCCGCCUAAAGACGCAGGUGUAAAAAUGUUCAAGACCCUCAUCUCUCGCUCACACUCCUCUCGUCCUCACAAGCCGAGCUGAACUCGCUCUUCAGUUCCAUUCUUUACACUGUUGAUGGAGAAAUGUGGUGGCAGAUACUCUGCAGCCGACGGUGGCUCACAGUAGUUGUCAUUUGAGGCAUUUUUGGACUUGGACAGGGUAAAGACCUGGUACGGAAGCUUGGGAACAUUAGUUUACGAUACCUCAGUAAUCCGUUAUUCGUGCUCAUCUGAUUUAAUUUCAAGGUGAUAGCUUGUUUAUAUUUUUGAAAAUGUGUGGAGUUAUGAUAGUAAAAGUAUAUGGAAAUCAUUUCAUUUAUGUGAAAUAUUUAAGAAUGUAAUUUAAUUACCUACAGACUUUAUUUUGAACGAUACCACAAGAUAGCCACUAAAAAGCGUUUUCUCUGCCGUCGAUGCUCGCACUUGUGUCUAUCUCUAUGACUCUGUCUUUUUCUUUAUAAUUUGCCUUCACUGUUACAUUCCAAAGAAUAAUUCAUUUGAUGGUCAUAUUGAAUGGUACCGUCGACCCGAUGUCGCUUCCUCAUCGUCCUUCUAUUGUAAAUAAUUUCAUGGAAAUUUAAAUAAAUG